AGAGAAUUCCUCCUCCUUCACAACUCAGGUGAAGCUUUGCUCCGACACCUCCAGAGCACCAGCUAUCUCCUUCCUCCUCCUCUCCCUUCUCUGGCCGUCUUUGUCUAGUGUAUAAGCUUUGGAAAAAAAAAUGGGCAUGGGCAAGAGAUCCAGCGGGCCGGUGCUCCGGUCGCUGUCUCCCCGCGGCCGAUUCCCGUCGUACAACUCCGCCGGUCAUCUCUCAUCUUCCUCGUCCUCAUCGACAUUCGCGUCUUCCACGAGCUCGAGCUUUUACUCUCCGUCGUCGGCCUUCUUCCUCCCCACACAGAUCCGCCUCUCCGACGCGCUUCAAUCUAUAUCCCCAGAGUCCUUCGUCGCCGACGUUCCGAUUCUCGAUCGACAGAUCCACAUCUUCCAAUCGCAGCAUAUCCGUCACGAAGCACACCAAUCACAUCUCCAGCCUCCCGCGAGGAAGACGUGUAUGUGCUCUCCGACCUCGCAUCCCAGAUCGUUUUGUUGCAGUCUCCACAAGAACAGCCACCAGAAUGGCCACACCGGAGGGAGCUCGUUCAUUGGCGAGGCAGUAAUAGGUUUCCCUUAAAGAUAGAAAACCUUGGAUCUAAGGAUUGUUGGGUUACUGUAUGAUUUAUAAGGACAUACCGAGAAACUGAAAAACUACGAUAAAAUGGCACACUAUGA